CAUGGCAUCCUCUCACCUGUACGAUUACAGUUCUUCCAAGAUACCAGAGAGGGACAGUGGCUCCUUUUACACCUCCUUGAUAUCCCAUGAUCUCUAUACAUCUCCUCAAGAUUCCUUGUAUUACACAGGAAGUCUACCCACAGGGGGCAUCCGUUUUACUCCUUCAGACAGCACGGAAGGCUUGCAUGCCCAGGAUGGGGCUGCCUUUGAGUCCCGUGGUUUAUUUAGCUCCGAUUCGGGGAUAGAGAUGACGCCGGCGGAAUCCACCGACAUCAACAAAACCUUAGCUGAUCCCAUAGAGCAGAUGAAACUGGAAGCUUAUAAAUACAUGGACAUGAGUAGAUCCGAAGAGAUCCAAUGCCGGGAGAGGUGUGACACAGGCUUGGGAGAUGUGGGUCCUCCGAGUUUGAUUAAUCAACGCCAAGAAAAUAAGACUGGACUGACAGGUUUUGAGGAGAAGCAAACGGCCAAAGAGCCUGGUUUGCUUGAGGAGUCCGCUUUUGGUGAUCAUCAGUACCGUCCCUCGGCAACAACACCUGUGAAGAUCACACUGACCGAGACAGAAGCCACAGAAAGAUCUGGCACAAAAGAGAAAAAAAGUCCAGAAAAACAGGAGAAGGGCCUCAAACCUAGCCAUGAAGUGGUCCCUACCGUGACUGUGUCCGAACCGGAGGAUGACAGCCCGGGCUCUAUCACCCCGCCAUCUUCCGCAACAGAACCAUCCGGCUCAGAGUCCCACGGUAAAGGAAGUCUGUCUGAAGACGAUCUGAUCAGUGCCAUGAAAGAAGCAAAGAGCUUCUCCUACAAACAGCCCGAAGGCCAGAGAUCUUCGGCGAUUGCCCCAGAGAAACAAGGUCUUCAAAACACGAUGCCGGAUCUCUCCGCCGGCAGCAAACUUCACUUAGAUAACGAAGCAAGCAGUGCCGAAUCUGGCGAUUCUGAGAUAGAGCUGGUCUCGGAAGACCCGUUAGCGGCCGAAGAGGUUCUCCACUCCAACUACAUGACCUUUGGGGGCCAUGCGGGGGGCCCUCCUCCUUCCCCAGCCUCUCCCUCCAUCCAGUAUAGCAUCCUGAGGGAGGAACGUGAGGCGGAACUGGACAGCGAACUCAUAAUCGAAUCGUGCGAUGCUUCAUCGGCUUCCGAGGAGAGCCCGAAACGGGAGCACGACUCUCCCUUGAUGAAGCCGAUCAUUAUGGACAUCAUCCAGGAGGAGAACCACUCUAGAAACGAAAGCGCCGGGGCUCCCAAUUACAAAGUGGGGAGCUCAAAGGAGAGCAGGAUGAACAGGGAAAACCUAGCGGACUCCGCUGCCUACUUGAAGUGCACUUUUGGGGUGCCGAAGGUGGACGCGCCAUCUUUCCCUGCCAUUGGCUCUGAAGAGAUCAAGGGCAAAGCCGCUCAGAAGAAGUCGGCCACGGCGGUGGCCACUGUGGCCACAAGCAAGCCGGUGUUUAGGAGUCCCUGGCCUUCUCCACCGUUGCCGUUUCUGAAUAAGCAAAAAGCUAUCGACCUCUUAUACUGGCGUGACAUCAAGCAGACGGGCAUUGUGUUCGGGAGCAUCUUGCUGCUGCUUUUCUCCCUGACCCAGUUCAGCGUUGUGAGUGUGAUCGCUUACCUGGCGCUAGCCGCUCUCUCGGCCACCAUCAGCUUCAGAAUCUACAAGUCCGUUCUACAGGCUGUGCAAAAAACUGAUGAGGGGCACCCGUUCAAAAGCUACUUGGAAAUGGAAAUGUCUCUCUCCCAGGAACAAAUUCAGAAAUACACAGAUUGUCUUCAGUCGUAUGUGAACAGCACAGUCAAAGAGCUAAGGCGGCUCUUUCUCGUCCAGGACUUGGUGGAUUCUUUAAAAUUUGCAGUACUAAUGUGGCUGCUGACAUACGUUGGAGCGCUCUUCAAUGGCCUAACGCUUCUGAUAAUGGCUGUGGUCUCAAUGUUUACUCUACCUGUUGUAUAUGACAAGUACCAGGCACAAAUCGACCAAUAUUUGGGACUUGUGAGGACUCACGUAAAUACUGUUGUGGCGAAGAUCCAAGCAAAGAUCCCAGGUGCUAAGAGGAAGGCUGAAUAAAAGCAGCAACAAAGGAUCCACCAACUACAGGAGUGAAUGAUGAGCGAGUCUGGGAUGAAAACAGCUCUGUUCUUACUUUUAGUUAUAAUUUAUUGUUCCUCUCUUCUCUCUCCCCCUUUUUCUCUCUCUCUGGGUGAAGGCAGCCAUAAAACAGAAAAGGAGUUUUUAGCAUUUCCCUCAGUAAUAGGGUGAGCCUGGCUUCCUCAAGGAAAUGACAGAUAUUUCUGCCAGGGUAUCCAACAUAGGCUGAUUUGGGCUGUCUCGUUUUCUCCUUCCUCCUCCUACGCUUCAGGUUGGCUGUCUUAACUUUUUCAAGGAAGGGGACAGGACAAGGAAGAUCAUCACACCAAUGUUUGUGCAUUUCUUUCAUUGACUUCUUUCUAGAUCCCACCCUCUUUUAAGGGAACAUGGCUAAAAUGCAAAAGUAAUUCAGGAAUGAGGAAGAACGACAUCAUAAGGAGGCAGCCCGUCAGCCCUGGGGCAGCUUGCUUCUGCUUCAAAUUUGCAGAACCGUUUCUUUCCCAGAGCCCUCAAGCCUAGAGAGGAAAGGCCCAUUUGGCUCCACUGCGGUACAUGUCUCUCCCCGAGCGUGUACCUCUGCUUUAAACCCGGCACAUCUGUCUUCACCCACCCCACUUCAAACACCAUGAUCUCAGAGAUGUGAAACAAUAAAGCAGCUGUUCCUUUUUCCUCUUCUGCUGGUUUCUGUAUUCUCUUAGACUAUUUGCAAUCACAUGUGUCACGCACUAAAGUAUAGUAAAGAGAAAAGUGUUCUAAGUGUGGUUCUUGUGUUGCUUCUCAAGUGCAUGAUGGUGAGAGCCUAAAAUACUAUUGAACUUUCUAUUUUUUAUUUUCUAGUGCUUAUACUACUACUACUACUACUACUACUACUACUACUACUACUACUACUAUUGGCAUCGCUUGGAUAACUUUUAAUGUUACAUGUGGCUAGGGCUUUCCUGCUUAGUGCCCUGAUGCAGUUUUGCUUCUCUGUCUGCUGGGUUUUGCUGGUUGAGGUUCUCCUUACUAACUAUCUAGAAUUGUAGACUGAUGUCUUUACGUGUUGUUGUUUUCUUUUCAGCACAAGUAAUUAAAACAAAAACAAAAGAACAAUCGGUACUUAUACGGUAUAAUCUGUUUUGUAUAACUCUAUAACAGAAAAUUCAGAUAGAGCCAACCUGCCCAGUACUUUGUUUUCUUUUCUUCCCGAGGGAUCAACAGGCUGAUUUACAUGUAUGGGAAACCGAAGACUUCCGGCUUGUAACAUGUAUCACCAAUUUUUAUGACAUUCUAUGUAGGACUUAAUUAUGAACUCUGAAUAUUUGCACUUAUGUACUUGAUACUGAAUGCAGAAAUAAAUGUUACUAAAUGUUAAAA